GGGAAGCGUCUCUUUAACCUCUGUGCGGAGCGCGGAGCCCCGGCAAUUUUCACUGGAAGGGCGUAGGACGGUUAAACCCGGCCCCGGCAUAAAGACGAGCGCUCGUAGAAACGUCGAAAGAAAGAACACCGCUUUUUUUCCCUUUAGUUUUAUUUGUAAUUAUUGGCCAGCUCACGCGCAUGCUGAGUCUUUGUGUGCGCGUGAAGUGUUCAUGAUCCGGGCAGGACACGAGACACGGGGCACGAGACAGCGGGGGACCCCAGUCUGACAGCGGAGCAGGGACGAGUCUGACAGAACUGGAAAAGGAUCCUCUGCUCUUACUGUGAUGUUAGUGGGCUGGUUUGGAGCCGGGACUGCUGGAGCAUGGUGAAGCACCAACCCUUGCAGGUCUACGAGAGGCAGCUGUGCUUGUCAUGUCUGACCGGGAUUUAUGGUUGCCGCUGGAAACGAUACCAGCGGUCACAUGACGACACCACCAAGUGGGAGAUCCUGUGGUUCCUCAUCCUUUCCGGAACCUUCUCUCUGCUCCUGGUCUGGUUUUAUUUCUGGUGGGAGGCACGCAACGAUUACAAUGAGUUCAACUGGUCUUUGUAUAACCAGUCUGGGGAGUGGAGUGACAGGACCGUUCCGAUCCUCGCUACAACAGCCGCAGGCUUCACCUACAUUACAUUGCUUAUGGUUCUGGCUCUUUGUCAUGUGGCAGUGGGACAGCAGCUAAACCUGCACUGGCUGCACAAGAUUGGUGUGACUGCAGCACUACUCACAACCAUCACUGGGGUGAUUUCUGUCAAUCAGAUGUGGGCAGAGGAGUGGGACAUCAUCCUGAUCUCUCUCCAGGCCACAGGUCCAUUCUUACAUAUUGGUGCUGUGGCUGCCUUCACAGCUCUGGCGUGGAUAGUUGCUGGACAGGUCGCUCGUGUGGAAAAGACAAGGCUACAGGUAGUCCUCCUGUUGCUGUACGUGGGGGCACUGCUGGCUCUCUACCUGGUGCCCCUCACCAUCACAUCCCCGUGCAUCAUGGACCGGAGCAGUCUGAAGCCACGACCAGCCAUAAUUGGCCAUCGGGGAGCACCAAUGCUCGCCCCAGAAAACACCAUCCUGUCCUUCCACAAGGCCAUACAGCUGAAGGUCAGCGGGUUGGAGACGGACGUCACUGUCAGCCUGGAUGGAGUGCCCUUCCUGAUGCGUGACCACACCCUGCAAAGAACCACCAAUGUUGACCGAAUUUUUCCUGACCGGCAGUUUGACGAAGCCUCUCUGUUCAAUUGGACUGAUCUGCGUUCCCUCAACGCGGGACAGUGGUUCCUCAAGGAUGACCCCUUCUGGACAGUGCAUUCCCUGUCCCGAAAAGAGCUGUCCCGGACAGGGAAUCAGACGGUGUGCAGUCUAGAGGAGAUGCUACGGUUGGCAGCUCGCUUCAACCGCUCGGUGGCCUUUGACCUUCGCCGUCCCCCACCUGGACACCCCCGGCACAAGAGCUGGCUAAAUGACACCCUGGAAACGGUGCUGCUUUCUGGGAUCCCACAAGAGCUGGUAAUGUGGUCCCCAGAUUGGGACCGUGAGCUGGUCCGCCGGGUGGCUCCAGGGUUCCAGCAGACUUCCACGGAGAAGCUGCCCAAAGAAGUUCUGCAUAAGAGGGGCAUUGUGAGACUGCAGCUGCGUUAUAACCAGGCCAGCCCUCAGGACAUCCGGGAGCUCUCUGCAAACAACAUGAACCUCACCUUGCGCUCUGUGAAUGAGCCGUGGCUCUUCUCUGUGCUGUGGUGCAGCGGGGUUCCUUCCGUCUCCUCCGACGCCCCUCACAUCCUCAGAAAAGUGCCUUACCCCGUCUGGCUCAUGACCCCAGAUGAAUACUGCCUAAUAUGGAUCACGACAGAUCUCAUCUCCAUCGUUACAGUAGUAGGAAUUUUUGUAUUCCAAAACUAUCACAUGAUCAGAUGGCGUCUGAGCGGGAUGCGCAGCUACAACCCAGAGCAGAUCAUGCUGAGCGCUGCUGUCCGACGGUCCAGCCGGGACGUCAACAUCAUGAAGGAGAAGCUCAUCUUCUCAGAGGUGAGCAACGGUGUGGGCAGUGCUGAGGAGCUGUCCGUAUACACGGGGAACGGGUACGACGGAUACACCAACGAGGGCGUGGCGCACUAAGCUGCUGUACAGAGGAAAAUGUAAGAAAAGAAAGGAGCACAGUAAGAAAAAGUGAAGAAACACUGCAAGGAACCGGCCUUUUUUUGGAUCUGCUCAGUUGAAUGGAGGAAAUAAUAUUGAUCAAUGGGGUUUUCCUCGUCUUCUAAGCUACUGAUAGAAAGACUGUUGCAGUACAGAGUCUGCCCAAGCCCAAUAAAAAGUGAAUACAUGCUGUAAAUAUGACUCCUUUUGAUUGUUUUUCUUUUGCAGUUUUAUUUUUUGCUUGUUUUCUGGUAGGAUUGCGUAUAGUGUUGCAACAUGCACUUUUUAAAAAAAAAAAAAAAAAAUAUAUAUUUUUUCCAAGUCUGUGGCCAAGUUG